CUCCAUCAUUCGCUGCGGGGUUCAGGUGGGAGGAGCUCUCAGAGGGUCACACCUCCUGCUCCACAGCACUCACUGUGUGGACUACUACUCAGAGAAAAAAGAAUCCUAAGGAGAGCACAGCUAGAAGAACAUGAUCCCGAGGAGAGCGACUCCAGCACAACUCCUGCAGGAACCACAGAGCAUCUCUGCUCCUUGAACUCCUCUCUCUCCUCUCUCUCCUUCUCUGCACUGGAUCAUUCGUGCCACACAAUGUGUGUGGAGAGCGAUGGAUGUGACAUCGAAGGCUGCAGCAGCUCGGACGAGGUGCGAACACUGUCCGGCAGCAUGAGUCCAGCAAUCAAGCCCUCCGUGGAGCUCCACCCGAACCGGUCCACCUGCAGACCGGACCCGUCCUGCAGACCGGGACAGAAGUUCCGCGCCGCGCUGCUCCGAUGCCGCUCCCCUGCCGCCGCCGCCGGGAUCCUCAGCUUUGGGAACGUCCUCAAUUACAUGGAUAGAUACACUGUAGCCGGUGUUCUGCUUGACAUCCAGCGGCAUUACGGAGUAUCAGACAGUGGAAUCGGCUUGUUGCAAACAGUCUUCAUCUGCAGCUUCAUGGUGGCAGCUCCCAUCUUUGGUUACCUGGGCGACCGCUUCAACAGAAAGGUCAUCCUGAGCUGCGGCAUUUUCUUCUGGUCCAUUGUUACUCUGUCGAGCUCCUUCAUCAGUAGAGAGUAUUACUGGCUGUUUGUACUCUCCAGGGGACUUGUGGGAAUCGGAGAGUCCAGCUACUCUUCCAUCUCUCCCACCAUCAUAGGAGACCUGUUCACUAAUAACAGCCGCACCAUGAUGCUCUCUGUCUUCUACCUGGCCAUCCCUCUGGGAAGUGGGUUGGGUUACAUCCUGGGCUCCAGCGCCAAGGAGGCUGCAGGAGACUGGCACUGGGCACUGAGGGUGUCCCCAGUUUUAGGGAUCACCGCAGGAACCCUGAUCUUGCUCUUCGUGCCCGAGCCGAAGAGAGGCAGCGCUGACCAGAUGGGACGCAUCAAGACCCGCACCUCCUGGCUCUGUGACAUGAAGGCGCUCGCCAAGAAUCGGAGCUACGUGUUCUCCUCCCUGGCGUCCUCAGCGGUGUCUUUCGCCACAGGUGCGUUCGGCAUGUGGAUCCCUCUGUACCUGGCCAGAGCCCAGGUGGUGCAGAAGACAGGAGAGGACUGCACAAAAGACGUCUGCAGUAGCACAGACAGCCUAAUCUUCGGGGCGAUCACCUGUGUGACGGGCCUUUUGGGCGUGGUCAUUGGGGCGGCCACCACGCGCCUGUGCCGCCAGAAGACAGAGCGAGCCGACCCGCUUGUGUGCGCAGUCAGCAUGCUGGGCUCGGCCAUCUUCGUCUGCCUCAUCUUCGUGGUGGCCAAGAAGAGCAUCGUAGGAGCCUAUGUUUGCAUCUUCAUAGGAGAGACGCUGCUUUUCCUGAACUGGGCCAUAACAGCAGACAUUUUAAUGUUUGUCGUUAUCCCCACAAGGAGAGCCACGGCGGUCGCCUUUCAGAGCUUCACCUCUCAUCUCCUGGGUGACGCAGGAAGUCCGUACCUGAUAGGCCUGAUCUCUGACGGCCUUCAGCAGAGCUACGCGACAUCAGCGCUGUGGCGGUUCCUCAGCCUGGGCUAUGCCCUCAUGCUCUGUCCCUUCAUCAUCGUCCUGGGGGGCAUGUUUUUCCUGGCCACGGCGCUGUUUUUCCUGGAUGACAGGGAGAAGGCCGAGAAACAGUUGAGCCAGAUGACACGACCACCCUCCUCAGUCAAGGUAUGACCAGGUGACAACAACAUGAGGAGCCACCUGAAGGAGCAGCCAAACUCUAUAAGGAUGUCAAAUUGGAGAUAAAAAGCAAUGGUUGCUGAUCCCCUCCUUUAAAGACACACGUCCACAUUCUCGUCACCGCUGUCCACACCACGAUCAUCAUCCUCCUCCUCCUCAUCCUCCUCUUCAUCUUCUUGGCUCCUGCUGCUCUUCCUCUCUACACACUCACAGAGGCUGCUCAGAACUGGAACGAGGGAGCGUCUUGCCCCUCCUUGAAACGCCUCUAAAUCACAGGUCGGUGAGAAUGAGCACAGCGGUGAACUGAAGCCGGCCGACAGCUGGUGUCCUCCUCACCUCUGUCCUUGAGGAUCCACUGAACCUUCCAGGGAGGACGUGAGGGCGUUACAAUCCCCCGUGACCCCUCCGACUCCUGAUGCCAUACUACUGAAUGCUGACCAUGAACCUGCCCUGUCUGUAUGCUUGUCUGUCCAACAGUCUGUCUGUCUGUCUGUCUGUCUGUCUGUCUGUCUGUCUGUCUGUCUGUUACAUCGGCUGUCAAUCUGCACCAAGUGCCAUAGCGUCAUUACAUUCCUUCCGACUUUGCACUGACCACCAACAACAACCCUCAUGACUUCUGAUCACUGACUAUGUUCACAUGCACACCAUAAUUCAGCCGCUGGUGAUGAAAUAAGUUUGACUAUGUUUGUAUUUGCUAGACAGGAGAAGCACAGUUCAUUCUGCCCUGGCUUUUCAACCCUUAGAGCCUGUAACCAGACAGAAGCUGUAAAAUUCAAGUUAUGUGUAGCAAGUGUUGCGGCUCGUUAAAGUUUGCUGCAGGAGUAUAAUUCUCAAAGACUUGUUGAUCUGUUCAAACAGGCCUCCUUUAAUGUGACUAGAAUCAGAUCACUCUGCUCCUCUUAACCGCAGUAUUAACAUCAAACUUAAAUACAGUGUUUACAUGAUGAAUGCAGUAUUCUCACAAUCAAUCAAAGUUCAGCUGUGCAUGUAAACAUAGCCGUCAAAGCCAAAAAGUUUUACUGUCAGUGAAUCAGCCUUAAAAAUUGGAGCUCUCCCAUCAAACAGCUGUUUCGUUUGAACCCCACAUGUGUUUUUGUUUUUUUUAGCUUUUAGCACUUACAUCGGCGUAGACAGUGCCAGAGAACAUGACAGAGAUGAGAGAUUUCUGCACAUUAUUUUUCAUUAGCUUUCUUGUGAUUUAUUUUUCUUUUGCGUGAUGUUGGAUUUGAAACUGGAGGUCACUGCCUAUGAUUGUUUCAGAAGGACAAUGAUGCAAUCCGGGCGAUUUAAAGCAGACACUGGAUUAUAUGUUUUUAUAAUUUAUAAUGUACAUGCUUUUUCCAAAAGUAAGUGAAAGGCUUCUCUUUUGACUUUCAAGGAGUAGCGACUAUGUUUUUUUGUGUACACGAGAAGCAAUACAAAGAACCAACCUUUCUUAUCCACGCUGCCUUAUCAGUGAGCGAGGUUUCUCUUCAGAGAGAUUAGCUCACUGAUGGUUGGUUUUGAAUUUCUGGACACAACACCCACACAGAGACAGAGUCGCUUUUAACGACGGAUUCCACGUCCAGUCCACGCUGGUUACAAUACCAGGCAUUGUGGAAAGAGACCUUUCUCCCUCAAAAUUGCAGAUAUCAAAUUCCAUGAUUAGGUGAAAGGACCUUUGAGGAGAGCAGGGGCCACGGUCAUCCCUCUAUUACUGAGGGAAACAGAAUCCUAGACAGGAAGAGGAAAUCCUUCCGCCCCAGGUUAGACUGAUAGCGAGCUCUUAUCGCUGAUAAUGGAUAAGAGAGGAAUCCCCCCCAUCUUUCAUCAUAAGCUUUAAUUCAUAUUUGUAAUCAUGCAACUUUAAUGCAAAACCCCAAAAGCUAAAAAUAUCUGCUAUAGCUAGUUGCUUGUAAAGAUUUAGGUAAAAGCAUAAUUAUAAGCUACCAAACCUUUUUGUUCUAUAUUACCUGGUGAAUACACCUUUACUGAAAUCUUGAAGCCACUAAUGGCGUCAAAGGUUUGAAAACUGAUGCAUAAAGGGAAAAAAAAAGGCUCUUCUCAGACCUCCAAGAAAACACAGGAGGAGGAGGAUGGAAUGACCUUAGUGGAGGAACCAAGGGAAACGUCGAGGUGGUUCUCGUAGCAUUGAUGUGCGAGCAUGACUCACCGGCUGUGUGCGGGGCGCUGUGUGGGCGGCGUCCUUGCUGCCAGAUCAUUAGCUUUAGCUUCUCUCUCAUACUGCGUGGAGCUCUCUGAAUGUGACUCGUUUACACACCUACAUCUUCUUAAUGGACUAAGCUUCUUACCUUCCUUUUGUUGAUUUUCUUAAUGUUACCAAAUGAGUUUUAAUUUGUAAUAACUACAAUAGAGAAAUAUAUAUAUAUAUAUAUACAAAGCUAUAUCACGCAGCAACUUUAAUAUAUUGUAAAUGAUGGCUUGGAUGCAAUGUAUUUAUUUGUUUGUUACCAUAAUGAAGAAUAAUCUAUAAAGGGAAGUUUAAGGUUUUGAGUAUAUACUACAUGUUGUUGUAUGUUGUUGGGUUUUAGAAAUGCCUGUUUGUUCAACCUUUUGUAUCACGAUGAAACUACACAAUACCUUCUCACGUCACUGAGAUUCAUCCCGUUUACUGUGAUCAUGAACUGGACAUCUCACACAUAUUACACACACAAAAGGAACUGCGAUGUGAUGGAUUUAAUUGGUAUCAUGUUUAGGGUGCAAUACUUUUUGCAUUCAUUUAGUAGCUCUUGUAAAUGAUUUCUUUUGUAAUUUUAAAAACAACUGAUCAAACCAUUUUGCACACUUAAUGUUCAGGGAUUGAUUUGAACCACAGCCCAGCAUCGACUCCACAGCCUCCGCCUCAGAGGUCUGUCACGUCACGCUCAUAGUGCAGUAAGUGCUGACAUGUUGUCACCUGUCAUGAGAAGGGAUGUCGGCUUUGGUCAGAUGGGUCACGAAUUGAGUUUCAUUUUGCCAAAUUUAGUUGAUUUAGCACCAAUCCUUUAGGAGUAUAAGUCCGUUGUAUCGAGUAAUUCUACGUUGAUAAUCACUGAAGUGAUGUGCUGAGAAAUGUGCUACUUCUUGUCAUACAAGAAUCCUGUAUAAAGAAACCUAUUUCUGAUGUUGAGCAGAAAACAGAGGUUAUUUUUUAUUUUUAGAGCUCGUCAAUACAAGAGAAGUGUAGAGAAAUCAAAGGAAUAUUGUUCUAGAACUGAACUGUGACGCUCCCUAGGGGGAGCUGAUAGAAAAUGUACAUGUCUGUAAAUCAAAUAAACCUAUUUAAUCACUUCA